AUCUUUGAUCAGAUGAGGACAGAUGCCCUCAAGAUCGAAGAAGGUAUGAAAGGCGCCGAGAACGAGGUCCUGCGCAAGGAGGAGGAGGCCUAUCUGAUGCACCGCCACGAUGCCGAGAUCUCGCACCUCAAGAAGCUGCAGCAAGACGAAAUCGCCGAGAAGAAGCUUGCCUUCCAAAAGUUCAUUGCUGCGCGAGAUGCCCGCAAGAAGGCCAAGAAGCUGCAGCGACAGACUAUCCGAGACAUGAAGCGACGCGACGCCAUCAUCAUGGAGCAGGAGGCCGCUUCCAAGGAGGCCGCUCGGGUCAAGUCGACUCUGACCAUGAAGCGCACUCAGUUCGAUGCCCUCCUCGCUUACCUCGAGAACAAGCACGACAAGCAGCGCCGCCAGCUCUACGCCGCGCAGGACCGCAAGAUCCAGUACGAGAAGAUGAUUGACGGAAUGCAAUACGCGCACGAACGGGACGAAAUCAAGAGAACCAUGCAAAAAAAGUUCCAGGUCCGCAUGACCCACCAAAAGGCUCUUGACAAGCGUCUUGCCGACCAACUGCGCGAGAUCCAGCAAAUGGAGCUCCAGCACGCCAAGGAAGCCUUCGACUUGGAGUUCCAGUCGUACGAAGAUACCCACAACCUCAAAUCCAUGCAUGUCAAGGGCGUGUGCGAGCUGAUGGCCACCCAGGUCAUUGAGCUGCACGCCGAAAAGGAGCGACUUAUCGCACAUCGAGAGCAGACCAAGCUCGCCACCUUGGAGGCUCGUCACGUCAUCGAUAUGAAGCGACUUGCCUCUGGACAUCGCGAUCAAUUGCGGCAGCUCCGUAUCCAGCAAGAGCAGCGUCUCCGCUCCGUACGUCCCUCCGACUCGUCGUCUGGUAGCGUGAUCCACGGCAACGAGCCUGGAAUGCACAGCCGUGCAACACUUUCCUCUGGGCUGGACGACGAGAUUCAGUCCGAGACAGCAAGCAUGUCCGGAGGCCGGAGCGGCCGCUCCACCGGAACCUACAGCAACGACGGCCACAGCGAGAUUGACGACAACGAACGAGAGGAUCGCGACGAACUCAUGUCGAACGCCAACGAUGUCAUCCGCAAGCUCGGUGUCAAGCAUCGCGACGCCAUCGCGGCCUUGAAGGACAUGCAGCGGAGCGAGCUCGGUCGAUUGGAGACCUUGAUAUCGUCCCGGCGCCGCGAGCUGGAGGAAAACCAGUCCUGCGAGAUGCGCGAGCUCAUCGAGGUUCAUACCCAGAACAUGGAGGCCCUCCUGGGCAUCCAGGCCAAGGAGGUGCAGAUGGAGGCCUCUGUGCACGACGCCGAAGCCAAGAUGCUCGUCGAGCGACGAGUGCUCAAUUCGGUUCUGGCCACCGUCAUCGACGGCAUCGUCAACAUCACGCCGAAGGGUCAGAUCACUCGCUUCAACUGUGCAGCGGAAAAGAUGUUUGGCUUCACCACCGAGGAAAUCACUGGGGCCAACGUCAAGAUCCUUGCGCCUCCGGAGAUUGCCGCGGUGCACGACAGUUUCCUGCACAACUACAUGACGACGGGUGUCGCCCGAAUCAUCGGGACGGGCCGACGAGCCUUUGGCCGGAAGAAAGACGGCACCAUUUUCCCGGUUCAUAUAUCUGUGUCGGAAGUGAAUGAGGAGGGCGCCCAUCUGUUCACCGGCAUCAUCCGCGACCUCACGGAGGAGGUUCGCUUGGAAGAUGAGCAGCGUGCCAAGGACGAGCAGAAGCAGCGCGAGCUCGAAGUCCUCCUCAAGGAGCUCGACAUCUCCAGAGCCAAGGCCGACGACAUUCUCAGUCAGAUGCUGCCUCCCGCCAUCCAGGUGCAGCUGAUGGCCGGACAGCCCAUUGUUCCGGAGGCAUUUGAUCAGGUGACAGUGUUCUACUCGGACAUCUGUGGCUUCACCGAGAUCAGCUCCAAGAGCACGCCGAUGCAGAUGGUGCAGCUGCUCAACUCGCUCUACACCACAUUCGACGGAAUCAUCAGCAAAUACGAUGCAUACAAGGUCGAGACCAUCGGCGACUCGUACAUGGUUGCCUCUGGUGUGCCGCACCGCAACAACGACCGCCAUGCGUGCGAAAUCGCCGACAUGGCCCUUCACUUGCUGUCGGCGAUCAGCACCUUUAGCCUGCCGGAUCGCCCCGAGCUCAAGUUGCGCAUGCGGAUCGGCAUGCACUCUGGCCCGGUCGUUGCCGGCGUCGUUGGACUCAAAAUGCCAAGAUACUGCUUGUUUGGAAGCACAACCGCAGAUGCUUCGCGCAUGGAAUCCAGCGGCCAGCCGAUGCGCAUCCAAGUCAGCGAAACAACAUACAAGCUGCUGCAGCGCGACGGCUCGUACGAGCUGGUGUGCCGCACGGACCGCCCGGCAGAUGUCAAGGUGCGGUCGUAUUGGUUGGUCGGCAAGGACAAAUUCACCAUGCCGCUUCCGGAAGAAACCGUCUGUCUGUCCACAAAAGUUGCUCCGGCAUCACCGGAGCAGGCUUGAAGUUGCCCGAUAAUCGUCGCAUCUCGCACUGCAUAUCUCGGGCUGCAUCUGGGACUGAGACUCGACGGACCAGCUCCCGUGCAUCCCGGUCUCCAUCACUCAUACAAUAUCACCACAUCAUACGCU